AUGAGUAACGACCCUGAAAGGUUUGAUUCCAUGCUUCUAGCAAUGGCACAACAACAUGAAGGUGGUGUUAAAGAUUUACUAGCCACUAUUGUAAGCUUCUUAGCAAGAAAGACUGAUUUCUUUACUGGAGGAAAAGAAGGAGAGUGGGAAAAGGUUAUUAAAGACACAUUUUAUGCACAUGCAAAAAAAGCAUGGGAAGAAGCUGAUAAAGUAAAGAAAGAGAAAGACGAAGCUGAGAAAAGGCUAAGAGAUAUUCAACAAAAAAAAGAGCAAGAACGUCUGGCUAAAGACUUUGAACCUGCCACUGUCAAAGAACUUACAGAUGAAGAGGCUGCUAAAAUGCAAGACGAUAUAGAUAAAGAUAAACAACAAAAGAGUGAAGAAGGAAGUGGUGAUGCAAAUGGUGAUGCCGAGAUGGCCGAAGAAGAUGAUGACCCCAAAGAGAAAGGAAAAUUGAAACCAAAUUCUGGUAAUGGCUGCGAUUUAGAAAAUUAUAGAUGGACUCAAACUUUGGAAGAGGUGGAGUUACGAGUUCCUCUACGCCAAGUGCUCCGCCCACGAGAUCUGACUGUGAUAAUAAACAAGCGGCAUCUCAAAGUUGGUAUCAAAGGGCAACCACUUAUCAUUGACGGGGAGCUAGACGCAGACGUCAAAGUCGAGGAAUCCACUUGGGUGCUACAAGAUGGACGGAAUUUGCUCGUCAAUCUGGAAAAGGUAAACAAAAUGAACUGGUGGAGCAAACUUGUCACCACAGACCCCGAAAUAUCUACAAGAAAAAUUAAUCCAGAGCCUUCGAAGUUAUCGGACCUAGAUGGAGAGACCAGAGGCUUAGUUGAGAAGAUGAUGUAUGAUCAAAGGCAGAAAGAAAUGGGCUUACCCACUAGUGAAGAACAAAAGAAACAAGAUGUACUUAAGAAAUUUAUGGAACAGCAUCCGGAAAUGGAUUUCUCGAAAUGUAAAUUUAAU